AUGGAGACUACCGAGAUUCACAUUAAUAUAACCGCCCAGACAUGCCGCGUCUGCCUGGAGACCCACGAGACCAAUCUGUGCCUGCACGAUGAGAUCGAGUACAACGACCUGAGCAUGGAGCUCUGGCAGCUCCUGGAAUCCGUUUCCAAAGUUAAGUACUCAUGGACGGAUUCGAAUCUGCCCAUGCAGCUGUGCCAAAACUGCACCCGCCGGUUGAUCAGUGCCUACGAGUUUAUCCUGGAGGUGGAGAGCGCCCAGGAGACUUUGCAGAAUCUUUACCGGCAGCAAAAGGAGGCUGCCAAGCCGGAGGAAGCCCAUGUGGAAGUAGUGGAGCUGAUUGGCCAGGGGAAUGUAGUUGAUAUGGAAGAGUUUCUGCCCGCCACUUACGAGGAGCAGCAGGUGGAACUGGAGGACACUUCUGCACUUUUCCAGUCCGAGGCUGAAGGAGAGGCUUUCUACCAAGAGGAGGAGCUGCAUCUUUUGGCAGAGGAAACGGAAGGCAAAGAGCCAACACACCAGCGACCUUCCCAGCUGGGCAGUCGUCUGAACCACUCGGAUAACUUCAUGUACAAGUGCGCCGUCUGUCCGCGUGUAUUUGCCAAAAGCGAAUCCCUUUCGCGGCACUUUUCGCACGCCCACCGGCUGACGGCGGACGUGGCCGCCUUGAAGCUGGCCAACGAGAGCAGCGGCACUGGUCUGCUGACCUGCGGCCACUGUCCGCGGACCUUCAAGCGCAAGGACACUCUGCGACGACACAUGCAGGCCUUUCAUCCCAGUGAAGCGGAGGAAACGCCGGAAAACUCUGCGAGGAAAAGGAUUGCCAAGCGGCGAGAUUGUCCCUAUUGUGGCCUCAGCUUUCCCGUGUCCAGCUUAACCAUCCACAUUCGUCGUCAUACCGGCGAGAAUCCCUAUAAAUGCGACCAGUGCGAAAAGGCCUUUCCGCGCAGCCAGGAUCUUAGUUUGCACAGGCGUCAGCAUACUGGAGAGCGGCCCAGUGAGUGCAAGAUCUGCUCCAAGAAGUUCAUCUCGCAAAACAAGCUGGCGCGGCACAUGCGACUGCAUACGGGUCAGCGGCCCUACUCCUGCGACAGGUGCAGCAAGAGCUUUGUGCAGUCCAACGAUUUGAAGAUUCACAUGCGGCGGCACACUGGCGAGCGACCCUACCGGUGUGGAGUGUGCGGCGAGAGCUUCGUCUGCGGCUCGCACCUGAAUAUCCAUCGCAACCGAAAGGGUCACCUCGAGCCGGUGAUUCCGGGCGGUGGAACUGGAACCGAGGGCGCCUUCCCGCCGGAUCCUUAUGUAAACGCACGGGUCAGCAAGCGACGGGCGGAGGAUAUUGAGCGGAUGCGCCUGAAACGAAUUCCUGGGGAUCAACUGCAGCAGCAGGAGCAACAUCAGGAGGUGCCGCCAAACCCGGAGAUGCCUGCCAUGGCAUACAGAUGUGGUGUCUGCGAGCAGAACUUCAAGAGCGGAGCCCUACUCACCAUCCAUCGCAAUAAAAUGAGCCACUACGAGAUCGGGAGAAUCUACGAAGAUCCCUAUGGGGAAAAGCAGAAACCGCUGGAAGCGUAGUUUUAGUAAAAAUGUAUUUAUUUUUAACUUCUAGUAUAACACUACAAAGUAAUGUAGUAAAAAUCGCGACUAACUUACUCCUAGACUUUUUUUCUUAUUAUUAAA